AGUCGCAAGUAAAUUCUUCUCUGAGAAGGCCGCGAUGUUCAUUCGUUGAUCAUUUUAAGCCGCGAUUUUUUUAUAAUAAUUCUUGAUGUUCUAAUCGCGAUGAGUUUUUGCUUAUGAAAACUCUCUUUGGUGAAUUAAGAACUUCUCUUCAUGUUGAUAAACGAAAAUUGAUGAUUGUGUAAUUUUAUGGAAAUAUUUGAGACAAGACAAAAAUAUCUCAGCAUUAAAAAAUUAAAGGAUUUCAUGUGGAAAUUGUGAAAAUAUUUCUCUUGUGCGAUUAACAAAUAUUUGAAUGUUUCUAAGCUCAAAGAGGAAUACAAAAAAAAUUGUCGGCUGGUAGUGAACUCAACACUGGCCUUUUGUUUUUCUUUUGUGUCGCGCUUUUGAAUCCAAACGAAGAGGACACGACCUGAUCAGAAAGUGAAACUUUUAUCGAAAGUAAACACAAAAAAAAGAACUUUAAAUAUCGAAUGAAAAAGAAAUAUUUAGAAGUCUGUUUGAGUGAGUCAGCGGACGCAUAAAGUUUCAUUCUGCAAUUGCGCUUCAAUGUGAAUGGAGCUAAAGCUACACAAUAGAAUCGAAAGGAAACGAUUCCAAAGAGAGUAGAAGAGACAUUCGUUGAAUGAUUGACGGCUUUGGACAACAGCGAGUGAAUUAUUUAAUAAAACUUUUUCACUUCUUUUCUCUCUAACAAGCUCACAUGAAUUGAUGAAUGAACGUCAAUAACUGGAAAUUAGAUUUGUAAUCGUAAUAAAAUACUCUUCAAUUGUCAAGUGCAAGUGUUAUAAAUUAAACGUCCGAAUGACGUCAAACCUUGAUGGGAAUAUGCAAUGACCUUAAGAAAUUAUUCUUAAUAAAACAUAAAAGUUGAAGGGU